AUGGCGAAUUGGUGUGUGAUUUUUGUGCUAGUCCUAGUGGUAGUAGUACAUGCAAAUGCACGUACCGUGCCCAGUGGUGAUGUUGGUCACGAUGACCAAACACUACAAGUGCAUGCUACUGCACCAGUGGCAGAAUCACCAAAUGGCGGCACAGCCCUUAAAGAUAAGAAGAACUUUAUUUACGGUGGUGUUGGUGGGUUUGCAGGGGUGGGUGGCUAUGUUGGGGCUGCAGGUUUGCCACUCCUUGGUGGCGUCGGUGGGAUUGGCAAAUAUGGUGGAAUUGGUGGGGCUGGAGGGAUAGGUGGCUUCACUGGCAUUGGUGGUGGUGCAGGUGGUCUAGGUGGUCUCGGUGGUGUAGGUGGUUUAGGUGGUGCAGGUGGUGUAGGUGGUUUAGGUGGUGCAGGUGGUGUAGGUGGUGCAGGUGGUGCAGGUGGUGCAGCCGGGGCUGGGGUUGGUGGUGCUGGUGGCUUAGGUGGUGGAACUGGCGGUGUUGGCGGUAUUGGCGGUGUCGGUGGUGGAAUAGGCGGAAUUGCUGGGCAUUCAACUCCUUAA